AUUAACGAUGAAGAAGAAUAGUCCUAACAUUUCAUAAGUUGCAUCAGAUUUAAUUCUAGCAUAUCAAUAGUUAACAACUCAACAAAAAGAAAUUAUCAUAUCCCCAAGAUAUGAAAAAACAGCAUUAUAUUUUCCACAAUCACGUAUAUAUAUGAUUAUGUAAAUGCCACAGCUAUAGAAGAGAAAAUAGAAGAAGAAAAUUAAAUUGAUAGUCCUCGUAAAAUUACUAUUACAGAAGAAGAAGAUGAUUACCUUACAGAAAUUUCUGAACUUAGAAAAAUUGUAGAUUAAAGUAUUAUAUUUUAAUAAAACAGUGAGAAUGAAAUACAUGAACAUACCAUAAAAAUAUUUGCAAUAACCCUUAUAAACUAAUGAUUAAAAUACUAUCCGUUCACCAUAGCACAAAAAAUCAAAAAAAUAGGUAGUCAUUACAUAAUACUAAACCGAUUUUUUAAGGCAAUAAUAUGGAAAACUUAAGUGAGUGUUUAUAAUUUAUCAU